UCUGCAACCAGCUGUAACCUGUCAAAGCUCUCGUGUAUGUUGUGAACUUUCAGUUCCCCGGAUGAAUCACAGGUUUCUGUAGAUUAACUGGCAUAGAUGGAUCUGAAGGUUAAGACAAUUUUUCGCUGUAGGAUUGGACGGUAAGAACAUUCUGUGUUUCCUUCUACUCAUGGAUUGCUGUGACAGAUCCCCUGGACAGUUCAGGGACUUCAAAAAGGAUGACUUUGAGGCAGAUUGGAUUAAGGUGGCUGAAGGCAAAUUUGGCCAGGUGUACAAAGUCAAAGUGAAGCUCUGGCGGGAGAAAUGUGCAUUGAAAACCUUUGAUGCAACCUUGUGUGGUAACAACUUUUACAGGAAAAUAAGUGAUGAAGUAUCUAACAUAGCAAAACUAAAGUUCAAAUACAUUAUGUCCAUCUAUGGAGUGUGCAGCGAAGCCAAUGCUGUUGUUAUGGAGUACAUGACUAAUGGAUCCCUGAACAAUCUCCUUGCCAGUCACAACUUUAUGUGGAAGAAGAAGUUUCAGAUGAUUCAUGAAAUCUCCAUGGGCAUGAAUUUCCUUCACAGCAUGAAACCUCCGCUGCUGCAUCUUAACCUCAAGACAUCCAAUAUCCUACUGGAUGAUCAUCUUCAUGUCAAGAUUUCAGAUUAUGGUAUAAUCCAGUGGGAAGAUGGCAUGAGCAAGACUGUGUUGAUGGAGCGCCUGACAGCACGAGGCAACAUAAAUUACAUUCCUCCUGAAGUCUUCACCCAGUGCUCUGAUUCACCAGGAACUGCUUUUGAUGUUUACAGCUUCGGGAUUGUGAUGUGGGAGAUACUGACACAGCAGAAACCCUAUGCAGGGUGCGUUAUGACCAAAGUGUUGCUGCAAGUGUCGAAAGGCAAGAGGCCCUGUUUGGAGAUAAUUCCUGAGAAAAGGCCCCAGGAGUGUGAUGAACUGAUCACCAUCAUGAAACAGUGCUGGGACAAGAAACCUCAGAUGAGGCCUCCAUUCUCAGACAUUGUGAGGAAAACAGAGACUCUGAACGAUGUCCUAAAGAUCCCAGGACAAAUCACCUGUCAAAGAAAUUGUGAUACUGAGCAGAGAUCAACUUAUCCCUGGAUGUUGUCUCCAGUACAUAAAAUCACCUUACCUAAAUCAUCUGAAACUUCAUCAGAUGACCAACAUGGCAAGUAUGGCAUUAUCGCUAUGCUAUCCAAAAAGGACUUCAGUAGUUUCAGGCAGUCUGUGAAAAGGGAGGACGUGCAGACACAGUAUUCAGGCCGAAAGAGCCUACUUCACUUCACAGUAGCCAGCGGUGAUGCAGAAAGUGUCAAGCAUGUCCUGAGUCUGGGUGCUGAAGUGAACUGUACAACUGCUCGAGGUUACACUCCCCUUAUCAUCGCUGUUCUGCAAAGGUUUUCUGACAUCAUCUCUUUGCUGCUGGAACAUGGAGCAGAUGCAACUCAAGGAGACGAAGACCAGUGGACACCUUUGCAUUUUGCUGCACAAAACGGUGACGACAGAACCAUCCGUCUGCUGCUAGAAAAAGGAGCUGAGGCUGAUGCCCAAGAAAAGGCUGGUUGGAUGCCGCUUCAUCUGGCAUGUCAGAAUGGCCAUGAAACAGUGGUGCGCUUGCUACUUUCGCGGCUGUCGGAGGACGCCACUGUCGCCCCAGAGGAGGAUGAAGGAAGAACACCACUCCAUCUUGCCUGCUCCUAUGGACACCUCAACAUAGUCAAACUUCUCCUUGGACGGGGGGCUGAUCCCGAUGCUACUGACUAUUUUUUUUCCACUGCUCUUCAUCUAGCAGCAGAGCAAGGCCAUAAUCGUGUAGUAAGACUCUUGUUGACUAAGGAGGUCAAAACUGACAUUUCAAACAUCAGGGGAUACACUCCACUUCAUCUGGCUGCUUUGAAGGGCCAUGCAGGUAUUUGCAGGCAGCUACUGGCAAAUGGAGCUAACCCAAACUCCAAGACUGACCAAGGGUGGACUCCCAUGCACCUGGCAGCCCUAAGAGGACACGACUCUGUGGUGGUCUCUCUGGAAAGUACAGGUGGUUCAGUGAAUGUAAAAGGCCAAAACGGAUGGACUCCACUGCACCUGGCCUGCCACCAGAGCGAAUCAGAGGUAGUGGCAAAGCUCCUGGCAGCAAAAGCGGACCCAAACAUCAAAGAGGACAGUGAGGGAUGGACACCCCUGCAUGUUGCCUGUACUAGUGUUAGUUUCCCAUGUGUCCUACACUUGAUAUCACAUCAGGCAGAUGUCAAUGUAGUGAACUCAGGAAAUGCCACACCUUUACACCUGGCUGCCCAACAUGGCUGUGUGUCCAUUGUUAAAGGUCUGCUGAUGAAUGGUGCAGACCGCACACUGAAAGACUCUUCUGGAUCUACAGCUCUGAACAUAGCCCAGCGGAGUGAAAAAUGGGAAAUUGUGGAGCUAUUGGAGAACGGAUAUGAAGCAUAAAUUGAGUUUUAUUGUAACCAGUGGGAAUAAAAUAGGGCUCCAUGUUACCAGUAAAGAAAAACGGUA